CACCACGCACUCUGCACCACCUCCAACGAGCCUGCAACCUCAUAGACUAGGUGCGAGGCCGCUGUGCUCGAGGUGCAACCACAGACGUCCAUCCAGUCCUCGUGUCCUCCCGAUCUCAGCCCAAUGGCCCAGACACUGGCCUGCUAAGCAGCCGGGGCCGCUGAACAAAGAGCCCGCCGUCCACUCCCUACAUCUGCUUCAUCGCUUCGACUGCGAGAGAACUGACUAAACUGUUAAAAAGAGCGUUUGGCAACAUGAGAUGAUGCCCUCAUCGGCGCCGUAUCCCAGCGUACCUUCCAACUAGAUACAUACGUCCACUCUGUCUCUCUCAUGGACGCCAUAGAGAAGCUCCUCGAAUGGGCCACAUCCCGGGGCGUCGUCCUGGACGGCAUCGGCCCCAAGCCGCUCCCCGGGCGCGGCAUAGGCAUCGUCGCGACGCGCGAGCUCAAGCCAGGCGAGGCCAUCCUCACCGUCCCGACCGCCCGCCUCCGCUCCCUCGGCAGCACCCCCAAGCCCAUCGUCAAGGCCCUCCGCGGCGGCGCCACCGUGCACGCCAUCCUCGCCGCCGCCCUGUGCCUCGAGGCGGACCCCGACUUUGACGUCUGGCGCGCCGUCCUGCCCUCGCGCCGAGACGUCGAAGCCAGCAUGCCCAUAUGCUGGCCCGCGGACCUCCAGGCCCUGCUUCCCCCCGGCGCCGCCACCAUGCUCGAAAAGCAGCAGGCCAAGUUUGACAAGGACUGGACUCUCGUGUCCGCCGCGUUCCCAAACCGUGGUGGUGGUGGUGGCGACGACGACGACGGCGACGGCGACGACAGCGGCGACGACGAUGCCGCGGAUGCGAGCGGCGGCAGCCUCACGCGCGGCGACUUCCUCUAUGCGUGGAACCUCGUCAACAGCCGCACCUUUUACCACACCACCCCGCUCACCGAGAAGCGCCUCCCCGCGGACGACCACAUGGUCCUCCAGCCCGUCGCCGACCUCUUCAACCACGACCCGCACGGCAGCUGCACCGUCUCCUACGACGAGGCCGGCUUCACCAUCUCCACCGCCCGCGCCCACCAGCCCGGCGACGAGCUCUCCAUCCGCUACGGCGCCCACUCCAACGACUUCCUCCUCGUCGAGUACGGCUUCGCCCUGCCCGGGGACGCCAACCCCUGGGACGAGACCGCCCUCGACGCGUACGUCUGCCCGCUCUUCACGCCGCCCCAGCGCCGCACCCUCGAGGACGCCGGCUUCUGGGCCGGCUACGCCCUCGGCGCCGAGACGGCCUGCUACCGCACCCAGACGGCGCUGCGCCUGCUGUGCGUCACGCCGGGCCAGUGGCGCGCCGUGCUCCGCGGCGUGCGCGACGAGGACGUCGACGCCCCCGCCGUGGACCGCCAGCUGCUCCGCGUCCUGCGCGUGUACGAAAAGGACAUUCGCCGCAAGCUGUCCGAGUUGGAGCGCUCCACCGCCGGCACCGAGGACGCGAGAGCCGUGCUGCGCGCGCGCUGGAUCCAGAUCAAGGAGCUGGUAGUCGCCGCAAUAGCACGCAUACACGACUGAUGUGAAC